GUUGGAAUUAGAGUCUGUGGAUAAAAUACUUAAUGAUUUUCUAAGCUCCUGAGAGAAACAAAAAAAUUCUAGUCAUCUGACCCCUGAAACAUCCAAAAGAGCCUCAUUCAAGGGGCUCAUAAACGAGCUCCGUGUUUGGAUUUUCUGAAUGGAGCGGUUUGCGUGUCGCCUGCUGCAUCUUGUCAGUGUGUGUGUGCCCCCACUUCCUGCAUUAGGUUGUGAUGACCCACACUGCAUCCAAAUGUUUCUUUGACCCUCCUCAAACCUGACUCCUAACCUCUAACCCCUGACCUUUGACCCCCUCACUAUGGGCAGUGUUGGCAGUGGGGUGGCAGGCGAGCAGGAAUUUGCCAUGAAGUCCGUAGGCACGAGGACCACGCUGCCCCGCGCUCCGCCCCUCUCACGCCGUUGCCCUGGUGACCGCAGCUGCAGCGCAGAGCGUCUGCCCCGCCCCCCCGCAACUAUAUCUGACGGGACGGCCUCUAGCGACGAGCGAGGGAGCGUUAGUAUCGGCACCGGCACCUGUACUGACCGGCCUACUGAAACGGCCUCCACCACCAACACGGAAUGUACCAUGGCGGCGCCCAACAACAACAGCCAGCUGGAGUGCAGCAACGCGGCCCUCAGGAGGGAGUGGGAGAGGGAGAGGCAACGAGAACGGGGGAGAGACAGGGACCGGGACCGAGACUGGGACCGGGAGAGGUUGGAUAGGGAGCGCGAGCGGGAGAGAAACCGGGAGAGAGAGCGGGAACGGGUGGAGAGAGAGAGACUGGAGCGAGAGCGAGAAAGGGAACGGGAGAGGGCCCCGGGAGAGGGAGAGGGAAAGGAUCGAGAGGGAGAAGAUCGAAAGGGAGCGGGAGCGAGAACGGGAACGUGA